UACACCUGUCGAAGAUAAGGGACCGCCCAUUCCAGUUCGCCAUCGACACGCCGCUAGCUAUUUCUCCGUUCACGCCACAAGAACGUCCCGACAGGCUCCCAGGAUGGCCCCCAAGUACAAGCUGACGUACUUUGACGUCCGAGCUCGCGCCGAGCCCACCAGACUGCUGUUCGCCGCUGCUGGGGUUGAGUACGAGGAUGUGAGGGUUCAGCGACAAGACUGGGAGGCUCUUAAACCGACGACCCCGAUGGGCCAGCUGCCCCUGCUUGAGGUGGACGGAGUCACCCUCUGUCAGAGCAUGUCCAUAGCUCGCUUCGUGGCCAGGGAGACGGGAAUGGACGGUAUGACCAGGCUGGAGCGGGCCCAGGCAGACGCCUUUGUGGACGAGUUGGAGGAGCUGGUGCCGAAACUCGCUGGUCUGCUGGUAUUCACUACUGACGAGACAGAGAAGGAGGAGAAAGCAAAGGCACUAGACAAGAUGAUCGCAGAGAAACUCGGCAGGUGUGAGAAGCUGAGCGGGUCUGAGGGGCAUCUAGUCGGGAACAGCCUUCUGUGGUGCGACCUGGUGUUCUAUAACAUUGCAUAUAACAUCGAGGAGCUAUACAAGGCGGGAACCCUGCAGAGCUACCCCAAACUGGCCAAGGUGUACGACACGGUCAAGGCCAACCCGCGCAUCGCCAAGUGGGUGGCCGAGCGGCCGGCGGGGCAGUUCAACAUCUGAGGAGAUCUGGGGAGAUGUUACAUGACGUCACGGAUGGUCAUGGCGGAGAGUUAAACGUCUAGGCAGUUUCACAUGAGGUUGAAAGAAAAUAGAUGCUAUGUUUUUCUUCCAUUUGACAGACAUGUAUACUCAAGAAUUGAAAAUCGUGUACGCAGUGGUUUUUACAUUCUGCUAAAUAAAUGCUUUUCAUUUUAACAA